CAUCACGGUGACGUCAGCGCCAACGGGAAGCGGAGUGAACCAAAAAACUGGAGCACCCCGGAAGUGGCUAGAAGCGAAGAGACGGAACGGGAGUGCGGUAAAGAACGAGAAGGGGGACCACACCGAGGCCGGAAUCAUGUCUAACAUGGAGAAGCAUCUGUUCAACUUGAAGUUCGCUGCUAAAGAACUCAAUCGAAACGCCAAAAAGUGUGAAAAAGAAGAAAAGGCAGAAAAGGCAAAAAUUAAAAAGGCGAUCCAGAAGGGCAACACGGAGAUAGCGAGGAUACACGCAGAGAACGCCAUACGGCAAAAGAACCAAGGCAUCAACUUCCUGCGCAUGAGCGCCCGCGUCGACGCUGUAGCCGCCAGAGUCCAAACCGCUGUCACCAUGGGCAAGGUGACCAAGUCCAUGGCCGGCGUCGUCAAAUCCAUGGACGCCACUCUGAAAAGCAUGAACCUGGAGAAGAUUUCUGCUUUAAUGGACAAGUUUGAGCACCAGUUUGAGACGCUAGAUGUUCAGACCCAGCAGAUGGAGGAUAGCAUGAGUAACACCACUACCCUGACCACUCCGCAGAAUCAGGUGGAGGGAUUGUUACAUGAAAUGGCAGAUGAAGCCGGCCUUGAACUGAAUAUGGAACUGCCCCAGGGUCAGACGGGCUCCGUCGGUACCAGCGUAGCAUCCGCAGAACAGGACGAGCUAUCGCAAAGACUCGCGCGUCUACGGGAUCAAGUGUAGCGGAAGAGCGUCGAUUUAAUAUCCAGUCACCCGGCUGCGGAGCGGAAAGACGAUGCCGCGGCUUUACGGUUCUCUACUCCCCAUUAGACGCAAUUAUAUAGCUUUGCUGCGAGAUUGGAAAUCGGUGAUUUGGAACUCCGCGUGGAUGAAAUAUUUAAUUCUCUGCAGCAUCGUACAUCGUCAGCGGCUUCGCGUGUUUCUUUCUUCUGUAUACCGCACGGUGUGGAAUGUUUGCUCUCUCUGUAUUAUAAUUAUGUGUAAUAAACCUUAUUUUCUGUUU